AUGGCUCCGGAGGGCGAUCGACUCUUUUCCUGGGCGGCUGCGGCGCUCGCCCUGCUCCUGGCCGUCUGGCUCGCCCGCUUCCUGCUGGACCAAUGCUGGAAAUACGUGCAGCUGAAGCCCAUCCCGGGGCUCAGUCCCUGGUACCCGCUGCUGGGCAACGCGCUGCUCUUUGAACGCGAUGGGGAAGGUAAAAGGCAGGCAGGCAGAGAAAGCGCGCACGGAGUUUUCCCAGGCAGGUGGGGCGAGAGAAAUCGAAUAGGCUACUAGGUUUUGGCAAUCUUCACCUGCCCACUGUGACACAUUCUGGAAAGGUACAAAUAGGAGGCAUUGCGAAAUAGCCUCCCUGCGCCUCUUCCAAACGCAUCUUCUCCCUGGAGGUGGCUGAAAUUCUGCCUUUCCAUGUAUCUCUUAAUUUCAGUAAGGUGCGAUGCCCCGUCUCCGCUCGGAAACGCACCUUAACCAUUUCCAUGUAUGCAGUAUCGGGAUGAUUUUGAUGUAGCGAUCCCUCCCCCCUUUUUAACUGCAGAUGUGUGAGUAAUUUUUCUUAUACAGUGGUACCUCAGGUUACAUACGCUUCAGGUUACAGACCCCGCUAACCCAGAAAUAGUGCUUCAGGUUAAGAACUUUGCUUCAGGAUAAGAACAGAAAUGGUGCUCCGGCAGCGCGGCGGCAGCAGGAGGCCCCAUUAGCUAAAGUGGUGCUUCAGGUUAAGAACAGUUUCAGGUUAAGAACGGACCUCCGGCACGAAUUAAGUACUUAAUCCGAGGUACCACUGUAUUCCACAUAGCACUUUUGAAAGAGCUUUUUCCUCAUCCCGCCGGUGCAAGAAAGUCUGGACUCCAGAUCAGUUGAGAAUAUUGAUUCAAGGGUGUGCUCCUGUGUGUGCAGCAUAAUUUGGGAAGAAUUGGAAAUUCAUAAAUAGGGUCGUAGGUAAUUUCUGUAUAUACCCUGCUUAUCUAGAAGCAUCAUCAUUAUCCAAAUGUUAGAUGUCCAGAGUUGCAUAACAGAAAGUAGCAAGUUUUCCCCACUGGAAAAUGCACAUUUUAUUUCCUCCUCUUCACAGAAUUGUGGAUUUGGAAGCGACCCAAGGGCCACUUAGUCCAACACCCCUGUAAUGUAAGAAUCACAGGUAUGAUUUAUAGAUUUACUGUAGUGUGCAAUUUACAGUGGCACCUCAGGUUAAGUACUUAAUUCGUUUCGGAUGUCCGUACUUAACCUGAAACUGUUCUUAACCUGAAGCACCACUUUAGCUAAUGGGGCCUCCUGCUGCCGCCACGCUGCCGGAGCACGAUUUCUGUUCUCAUCCUGAAGCAAAGUUCUUAACCUAAAGCACUAUUUCUGGGUUAGCGAAUUCUGUAACCUGAAGCGUAUGUAACCUGAGGUACCACUGUAUUGCUAAAAUCCAGCGCACCCAUCCUUAUAAUUGUUAUGUACUGAUUUGAAUAGGAUCCAAACUGCAGCAGUCUGGUUGGUCCUAGAACAAUAGGAUCCAAAAUGCAGCAGUCUGAUUGGUCCUAUAACAAUAGGAUUCAGAAUGCAGCAGUCUGAUUGGUCCUAGAACAAUGCAGCAGUAUUAUUGGUUGGCAGGAACCACCCAAUCAUGCUCCAGAUAGAAGUGAAUCCACAACCUGAUUGGCUUACAGUAGAAUUCCGGAACUAGCCAAUCAUGUGCAGCCCAUUGUGUAAAUAAUGUAUAUAAAACAGAUACUUUGAGGGGACAUUCAUUCAUUCCUCCUCACCACUAUGAGCUGAAUAAAGAGCAUGAAAUCACUUUGCGACUCUGAGUAUAUUUCAAUAAUAAUAAUAAUCAUUAUUAUCAGUUUAUUAUCCCAUAGGGUAGUAGUGUUAUGCUAUAGCAGAAAACAAAAAUGAAAAAAGUCCCGUGAUACAUGAUUAAAGACUUCACAGUUUUUUUUAAAGGUAUACUGUAAUAUUUGUAGAUAAGAUUUCAAAACAUUAAAGGAAGGGAAUCAAUUUAUUUAUGGGAUUUGUUUCAGGUGCCAAAUUGCCUGGGGAUUUGCUCCAAAGUAGACAUAGCUAGGCUUGCAACCGUGAGCUUGCACAAGAUCUUCUGCCGUAGGAAUUUAAUGAAUAAUAAAACAAACGCUUUCAACACGGCAAAUCGGUGGGGCUUACUUCGGAGUAGAGCCAUUUAGGUUUCCAUUGUGAACCCAUUCAGGCGCUAGCACUCUCUCAAGCUCCGCCUUAGACGCCCUCCCUGCCCGGGUUUCUUGCUCUCCUCCUCCCUCGAGCCAACAUGUCAGCUUUCCUCCAGCACCGCACCUUCACCAUCCCUCGCCCGGCUCAGAAAAUGACGCCUCCACGUUAGGCUCUGCCUGGGUUGAGCUGCUCGUCAGAAAGCAUCUCCCCGGAAACCUCUCGGGGUUCCUCCCCCCCCCCACCGCGUUUGCCGCCUCUGUUUCGCUGCUCCGCUUUGUCCUCGAGAAAGGAAGACGCCAACUGAAAUAUACUCGGAGUGGAGAGUAGAUUUCAUGCUCUUUAUUCAGCUCAUAGUGGUGAGGAGGAAUGGAAGUUCCCCCAGAAUGUCUGCUUUAUAUACAUUAUUUACACAAUGGGCCCCACAUGAUUGGCUAAUUCCGGGAUUCACCUGUAGGCCAAUCUGGUUGCGGAUUCACUUCCACCUGGAGCUGGAUUGGGUGACUCCUGUGGACCAAUCAGACUGCUGCAUUCUGGACCCUAUUCUAGGACCACUCAGACUGCUGCAUUCUGAAUCCUAUUGUUCUAGGACCAAUCAGACUGCUGCCUUUUGGAUCCUAUUCAACUCAGUACAUAACACCAACCAAGCCGGCUCCCCUCUCUAUGAAGGGCUUUGCUUGGCUCACAGCUGCCAGCUUGCUGCCUUUUCCUUUCUCAGGGAAGAGGGGCGCAGCGGUGAUUCGGAGGCGGCAAACGCUGAGUUUCAGCGCUGCACUGCAGGUGCUCCAUUAUGGAAACCGUUCCCCUUGCAGUUCUGCCCUCUUGUGCCUUGGGAGCAGGGUGAAGUUGUAACAGCGCCAUUUUCAAAAUCGAGGCACCACCCCCGAAGCGGCUUGCCUCAUGGAAAGGCCGGCCAAGGGCAGCAGGUUGGAUCUGCUCCACCUGCCUCCAAUGGGGAAUCAUCGCCUCACCUUGCUCGGCCAGGGCAAGGCUGGCCCGCAAUGGAAUGGGAAGCAGCUCUGGAUUGAGGGCGCGCAAAAUAAUAAUAAUAAUAAUAAUAAUAAUAAUAAUAAUAAUAAUAAAAUAAUAGUAUAUUUAUAUGGGUACGCAACUUAGGUUGGGGCGUCAAAUGUUGUCCUUGCUCAGGGCGCCAUAGUACCCAAGUCCGCCCCUGCUGGAAGGCGCUCCUUGGUGAGGAGAGCCCUUCAGGCUGAAGGGCCAAGCAGACAGGUGCAGUGUCCAGAGUUCAUUCAUUAAAAUGUGCCUUAAUACCAACGUAGUAAUAAUACCAUACACAGAAAUAAUAUCACGAAUCAGCAGUACUAUCAGUCCACACAACCUCAGAGUCACCAAAACAAUUACAGCAAAGGUAUUUCUAAUCUUCGCUGCUAGUGCAAGAAGAGUUGCAAAGCUGUUGCUAUCACUCCAAAGAAAUGGCUUUUUUCCUCCAAACCUCAGUGUUCCUACUUCCAUAUGUUAUAUUCAGAAAUCUCUCUUGAAUCAGUAUAUAAACGUCAGGUUAACAAUUACACCUAAUAGUGGCCACAGAUACAGAAUUUGCCUUCGUAAUAGACCUUGUUAUAGCACAGGGGUUGGCAAGGUUUACCUCGCCUGGGCCGGUUCACUCCAGUGGAGACCCCUCCGUGGGCUGGAUCAUGUGUGUGUGUGGGUGUGUGUGAGCGCACGCGCCUGUUAUUUCCGGUGUCUGCAUCUGUGCAGAUAUGAUUUCUGGCAUCUGCGCAUGCGCCGAGGUGAUUUCCAGCGCCACAGAAGCGAGUCUCCACACCAUGCUACACUGGUUUAGUGUAGCACGUGGGGACUCACCGAGUGGGCAGCUCAGUUCGGGGGUGGCUUGUGGCCCCUGUGGGUCGCUUGUGGCCCAUGGGCCUUAGGUUGCCUACCCCUGUUAUAGCACUUAUCCAGGAUUGCAGUUGGCAUCACUUGAAUAAAAGCUUUUAUUAGGGAAACAGGCUUGAGUUUAGUUAAAUAACUGGCUCUUAAAUGCUUGUUUUAGAAAAGAGAAAAUUUAGAGUUCUUAAUUAGCUGCAAUUCCUUUCUAGAAUCUUACCUAGCUAAGCCAGAUCAGGAUUUAUUCAGGAAUUCAUGAAACACAAACUUUCAUGAUAGGAAUGUAUUUGCUUAGGUGCAGAUGUUUCUUCUGUCAUGGCUACAUUGACUGACCAGUUAGAUAGACUUUCAUUAAACAUAUAUAUAGCAGGACUUCUUUGUGCCUCACCUUCUGUACUUAAAUCACUUAGGACCGAGGCUGUCUGUUCAGGACAUAUCUAUUGCUUCUUGAUCCAUCUGCUUUACGGUUACUUCUGGCUCCCUUUCUCCAGUUAUAUGGUCACAAUAAUCAAAUAUGGAUUAUUUUGUAUGCAAUGUCAGAGUGGGGCACACUACCCAUCAAUCAUGCAGUGCCCCUUUGUAUGGAAUCACCCAUAAAAGAGCCUCAUUUUAUAUGGUCAAAUUGAUUUCUAAGCAAAUCUGAAUAUGCCCUUUGAUGGGAAUGGCUGAGCAUGCUAUAUAAAUUAGAACUUUAUGUGAAAGUGGGAGGUUGGAAUCAGCUCCUUGUCUCUCGCAAUCUGAAUUUGGGAAGAGGGUUCUCUUACUGUGUGGCUGUUGAUCUUAGCUUAGAGUAUGUGAUAUGAGAACAAGUAGCGUAGAGGUGGUGUCUUUGAAUUCCUCAAUUUCAUACUGGAUGCAUGUUUUCCCAGCUUUCUUUCAGCAAAUGAUAAAUUCCAUGGAACCCUUCCGGAACGUCCCACUGAUGCAACUUUGGAUAGGACCACAUCCCGUUGUGCUCUUAUAUCGUCCAGAAACUGUAGAGGUGAGGUUGUCAUUCUUAGACUUUACUGCAUGGCUGGGGAACUCCCCAGCAGCACUACCAAAACCCACCAUCCCCUGAGUAUAAUCUGCCAAACAGUCAUGCCUAGAGAGGAUGGUGAAUAGGACCAAAGUGUCAGCCAAAAAUGGGGGUGGGAGAGUAGAGCUGCCCAUUCUCUUUCAUACACUGGUGCACUCUUAUGAAUAUUUACUCAAAAAUAGGUCUCAUUGUGUCUAAUGGGGCUUGCUCACUUUCUUGGGAGCAAGCUCCAUUAGAUUCAUUGGAACUUAUUUCUGUAUAGACUCAGAUGGGAUUGCAGUCUAAAGACUCCUGGGAAUAAGUCCUGUGGAAGCUGCUAGGACUUAAUUUCUAAGAAAUAUAAAGAAAGGUGCCAGAUCAGAUAUGGGAUCCUUCUGAAAAAUACUACUGUAAUCCAAGAACAUGAGAGAGAGAGUAAUAGUUUUUCCAGUGCGGGCACUCAAGAAAACCUUGCACUUCAUUUUGUAGGAUGAGCAUGAGGAUUAUGCUUAAUGCAGAUAUUCUGUCUGAAGAUCUUAGCUGAGUGCUAUUCAUCAACAGUGUGGAGGUGGUGUUUUUCAAAAAGCAAAUGCCAUAAUAUCUGCUCUGAUUUAUUUAUUUAUUUAUUUAUUUUAAAACCGGGUGAAGUCCCCCCCCUUCCUUUGGUAGGAUUUUGACAAGUGCAGCUGUUUUAAUGCAAAUUACUGGAUCCUGUUAAAAGGGACUGAAAUCACUUGCAACUGCCAGCUGCAUGGAAUAGGUCUAGGGUUGCUGCCACUUAUGCUGGACAAAGAGCUUGAAAGCAGAUGGUCCUCCAGAUGUUUUUGGAUCCCCCUCCCUCCAUUGCUGACCAUAGGCCAUGUUGAAUGGGGCUGAUGGGAGUUGGGGUCAACAACAUCUGGAAGGCUACAGGUUCUCUCCACUCCCGAUUUAAAUGAUGCAGUUUCAGCAAAAGGAAGAGCAGCCACAUUUGCUCUCCCAGUCCCAUCAUCUGUCCCCCCCACCUCAUUUUCUCUGAAGCACAGCUGACACCCUCCUUGCCACAGCAAGCAAAGGAGGUAGAUUGAAGCAGAUGGGCUGAACGGGUGGGAGCAAGAAAUAUGGCUGCUUUGUUCCUUGGAAUUCUAGGCUUCAGCCCUAUAAUCCACAUUCUGGAAUACAUGAAGAAAUAAUAAAGAGGGGGUAUGUGUGUCGAGAGCCGUUCCUUGAAGAUGGGUUCACAGCAGCCCUCAUGGGUGGGUGGGCAGAUCUCCAUCACUUGCAAGAGUGAGACAGAAGAGAAAAUUCCAGCAGGACACCUGUUGAAGUUCCUUCUUCAACACAGCUAUUAAAGGUGCUGGAGUUCUGCCACAUUUUGCAUCUAGCCAACCUACUUACAGACUAGGUUCUCCUGGCAGAAGGAAGGGCCCUCAGGCAGGCUGGAAUCAGGCCCCUUUUGCUAGGAUCUUAAUAGCAGAGUCAUUAUCCUGCUAAAACUGGUCUUACAAAUAAAGGUGGACAUGGUGAUAGGGAAACAGAGUUGACGCAGGGAAAGAAGCAUCUGACAAUGAUGUUGGAGACAGAUUGUGUUGCUGUCUGCAGCUCCCUAUGGAGGCAGGCCUUCCACUUGGAAAAUGACACGAUGCCCCUAGCUGCCUGUCACGCAGCAGGAGCCAAGAACAGAUGCCAAAUGUGGUUUUCAGUGCAACAUGCACCUUUCUGAGAAUUUCAACUGCUUUCGCAAUUAUCAAAGAACAUUUGAAAGUACAUGAGUAAUUCCCGGUAUACACUAGAUGGCGAAUGAGCUGAGCCAAGUUCAGGUGACCUGGGAUGUCCUUUUGACCUCCACACAUUGAUUGAGCUUUCAGAACAGAUGUGUGCACUCACAGGUCCUCACAUCCUUACAAUGUACUCUAAAAAGAAAAAGAAUGAAAACGCAAGUUGUAGAAGGGAGCCCUAUGGCGGACAGGCUCUGGGUCUGCCUCUUGGUGACCUAGCAACCAGUGGGAGCUAGUGAGUCCAUCAGCCAAUCAGGAGAAAGAGUGUGGGAUUCAAGUUAGAUUCAUAGAAAGGCAAAGUCAAGAAGUUACAUUUUUGCUUGCUUCUGUUGUCAGGUAGUGUUGAGGAGCUCUAAGCAUCUUGCAAAACCCUUUAUCUACACAUUUUUGCAUCCUUGGCUGGGCACAGGACUCCUAACGAGGUAAACGGACCCGAAACAUAAGUGGGAAUUGUACCCUUUUGUCCUACCCUCUGGAAUACAAUGUAGCUGGUGUGUUCAGAGCCGGUUGGGUUAUCAGUCCUGCCACACAUGUAUAAUGAAUGUGUGAAGGAGGAAGUGGGACUGGGGUUACAGGCCACACCCAUGUAAGCCCACUGACCACACAACACCUGCACAUGUCCUAUUGAGUGUGUGGACUUUGGAGGUGGGCUGGUGGGUGUAGUCUUGCUCAAUUCUCAAGAAAAGUACUGAAGAGCUGAUUGGUGCUGACUUCAGGACCUGCUUUUAGCAGAGGUCAGCUGCUCUCUAUGGAGUUCUCCACUGGUUGGUUGUAGUGGGCUUUGAAGGCAGCACCAAGCAGCUGAUUGAUACUGACUUUAAGGCUCUUGAUGGUUUAUUUGCAGCCACAUCACACAGAUGGCAUCAUGUAUCUUUGCAUAGCUCAGUUGUGCUGAUAACACAAAGGUCUCAUGUUUGAUCCCUAUAUGGGGCAGCUGCAUAUUCCUGCAUUGCAGGGAGCUGGACUAGAUGAUCCUCAGGGUCCCUUCCAGCCCUACAAUUCUAUGAUUUGAUGUGAGGGCAAAAAUGAAAUGGCCUAAUGACCAAAAUUGAAACCUCAUCCCUGUAUUAACAUAAAACUAGUUGGGGGAAUCUGCAGUGAGCUGGAAGUUUUCAGCUGGUAGCUGGAGCAGGAAAGAGAUAAUAGUUUAUGAAGAAAGAGCCUUAGGAGGUGACCACUCAUUGCCAAUCCAGAAUUGGCAUUGAGAUCCAUGAGAUUUGAAAAGUGGUUUAUUGCUUGAACAUCACCAUACUAAUGACCUCAGUCUGCUAGGUGCUGGUCUUUAUGUGGUCAAUCAUCCUUUUAUGUAGCCUAGGCAAGGGAGCACCAGCAGGUUCAGGGAAACCCCAAGGUUUCCAGUGCCAAAUCUUUAUUGCAGGGAUGGGGAGACAAUGUGGAAAUAAACCAGUAAAAAACACAUUGGAGACUGAACAUGAUCUGUGACUAUGGGCUGUUGACUGUUAGAGAGAAAAAUGGUCAGUUUGGGGUGAGGAAGAAUGGAGUGUCUGGAAAUCUGAACAGGAGCACUGCACACUGCAAUGUUUUGUUCCAGGUCCUGCUUGAAGGCAUUCAUGUUUCAGUCUUUGUUUUGCAGCACUGGAGGCAAAUGGCGGUCCCGAAGGAAAAUGUUAACACCCACCUUCCAUUUUACCAUCUUAGAAGAUUUCCUCGAAGUGAUAAAUGAACAAGCCAAUGUCCUUGUUCAGAAACUUGAAAAACAUGUGGACAAGGAACCAUUCGAUUGCACUUUAUACAUUACUCUGUGUGCCCUUGAUGUAAUUUCUGGUAAGUGCAGUUGCUGCUGCCAAAGUGUUGCAGUGAAUGAGGUUUAAACGUCCCUGCUCAUUUGUUGGACGAAUGGACAUUUUUGUGAGAUCUGACCAGAAGAGUUGUUCUUCUUGUAACAAUUUAUCUAAAUUAGACACAUGCCAUUUUAAAAAUAAUGUGAAUAGCUUGUUGUUCAUUUAAAUUCUGUCAACACUGAGCUUGAUGGGCCCUCUGCUCCGAUUAUGUCCCAUUCUUGGUUUCUAGGAGAAUGAUUCUUCAUUUGAUUUCUCUCUCUCUUCUGUUCCUAGAAACAGCUAUGGGCAAGAACAUAGGAGCACAACACAAUAAGGAUUCCGAAUAUGUCCAAGCUGUCUACAGGUAGUUGUUAGUGGGAUGACGCAUUCCAGCAGCAAGGAUUUGGAACCUGUGGCCUGUCAAUGGUCAGGGAUGCUGAUAGUUGGAGUCUCAACAGCAUCUGGAUGGCCACAGGUUUCCAUCUCUGAAGCAGAGCCUUGAUCCACAGUGUCUUCCUGGGGGGGGGGGGUUACAUGGAAAAAAGGCCCUUUCCCUUCCACCAUGCAGAUAUAAUAAUAAUAUUAAUACUACCACCACCACUUCUACUAAUAAUAACAACAACAAUUUUGUUUUUAUACCCUGCCCAUCUGGCUGGGUUUCCCCAGCCACUCUGGGUGGCUCCCAACAGAAUAUGAAUAUUAUUAUUAUUAUUAAUAGUGAUAAAAGAUCAAACAUUAAAAGCUUCCCUAAACAGGGCUGCCUUCAGAUGUCUUCUGAAAGUCAGAUAGUUGUUUAUUUCCUUGACAUCUGCUGGGAGAGCGUUCCACAGGAUGGAUUCCACUACUGAGAAGGCCCUCUGUCUGGUUCCCUGUUACCUCACUUCUCGCAGUGAGGGAACCACCAGAAAGCCCUGGGAGCUGGACCUCAGUGUCCGGGCUGAAUGAUGGGGGUGGAGAUGCUCCUUCAGUAUUUAACCUGAACUUGACUGUCUGCAUGAAAAACUUGCAAAGGCCUGCUUUGUACAAUCUUCCUCCCUACCCUUCCUUUUGGAGGUGGAUUGUGCGAACCGGGUUGAAUGAUUAUGUAGAAGCCCCGUUCACACUGGAGGUGACCUGUGCAGUGGAGGGGCUGAAAACGGCUCAAGCUGUAUGUCCUGAGCUGGGGCUCUGUGUAUCUGUUUCACAUGUAUACCAUAUUUCUCAUGACGCUAAUUUGCUCAGAUUAGUAGCAAUACAUCUGGGCUCUUUCCUGUACUUCUCGUCAUUUUCUUAGGGAUGUACCCAGCUUUGUUGCUUGUUUCCCUAGGAUGAGUGCUCUGAUUCAACAAAGACAGAAGUCUCCCUGGCUCUGGCCUGACCUUCUGUACCUCAUGUUCCAAGAAGGAAGAGAACAUUACAGGAGUCUGAAUAUACUUCACAGCUUUACUGAUAAUGUAAGCUGCUGCAUUUUCUAUUUCAUAGGCACAGAUACCAAAAGGUAUUCACAGUUGUGACCCUCCCAGACUUUGGAGCCCUGCUCAGAGCAUGUCAGGCUGGGCAAAAGUUUGCUCUCUCCACUCCCAGCCUUUGUGUCUUUAGGGAAAACAUCUAAUGACGGCUUGAGGGUGUUUUUUCCUGAACUUGCUUACAAGGCUUCUGAAAUCUGGAUCCCCACAUUAUCAGUGUUCCAGAUUGCAAAGAGUGUUGUGUAUUCAGGCAAUUGUGCUCCCAAGCUCCCUUUAUACGUUUGCAUUCAACGAACGAAGGUUAGCUUAGAGACAUUGGGGGGCAGGACCAAAGUGACACCCAUUUUCUUCUACACCCCUUGGCUCCUGAAUGUCCAGGAUGACAUGCCAUGAAGAGCACUAUUUUCUGUAGUUUAUGUGAAUCCAUCCAUCCAUCCAUCCAUCCAUCCAUCCAUCCCAGUUAUAUUUUUCCCUGUCGUAAAAGUGCAUGUGGCAAUUCCCAUUUUAUCUUCACCACAUGCCUGCAAGGCAGGCUGUGCUACAAGAGAAUGACUCAACCUUCAGGCUACCUAUUGGGGUUCAUGGCUGAGUUGAGAUUCAAACUCAAGCUUCAGUUCAACACUAUCCACUGUGCCUCACCAGUAACAGUUUGUUAUUGCCAAGACAUCAAAUGCAUCUUCAUAACCGGGUAUACAGACCUAGCACAGGUUCAGGGGACAACAGAGAUAGCUAGUCAUGUUAUUUGGUACUGCAGUGAGUGCACACACUGGAUCCUGCAAUCUGAGAAAUGAAUGGCUUUUUUGUUUUUAUUAUCUAAGGUCAUUGAAGAAAAAGCUCAAGAACUAAAAAACCAGGAGCAGCAUAGAAGCAAUGCUGUCAGCAAUGGUGAACAAAGUAGGCACAAAGUCAGGAGAGCUUUUCUUGAUAUGCUUCUGAAUGCCACAGAUGAUGAUGGGAAGAAGUUGAGCUAUCUGGACAUCCGAGAGGAAGUGGAUACUUUCAUGUUUGAGGUAUAGAAUGCCCAGUACAAGAGUGCUAAGAAAAAAGCGCACCAAGAACUCUGGCCAAUAUAAGUUUCAAUAGUGGGAGUUGUCCCUACUCAAGUACAAGAGUGCUGGCAUAGCAUGGUGGUUAAGGAUGCUAUCCUGUACCCAUAUAUCUGGGAGUAAACCCCAUUGAACUCAAUGGUGUUUACUUCCAAAUAGAGAGGUGUAAGUGUUAAGAGGCUGUUCUACAAGUCAAUAAAUCUCCGGCUAUAGGCAAAUGUCUACACAUGGGACCUACCAUAGCAUACUUCAGCUUAGUGCUGAAAAAAGUACCUAGGCUUGGUUUGAGCUUGUUAAGAGAAAAUAAUUGAAAAUAAUUGUUUCAGAUACGUGUUGGCUAAUUUAACACAUGUAAAACUUUGCUGUAGAAAAUAUGUAUCUGAAACUGCCCUUAGCUAGAUGGUAAGCUUGCAUUUGCCAUACCCGAUUAGUCUGGUAUUCUCUUCCAGUGGAGCCUAAAUAAAUUCUCAAUGAUGCAUCUUAUUUCAUUGACAAUACAUGGGCAUGGAAUAAAUCAUUGCCUGAUAUUAAUUUGCUUUAAUAAAGAAAACAAAGAACUACUUGCACACAAACAGCUGCCAGACAGAUUGCUUAAUGGUAGUUCAGUGAGUAUAAUUAAAACCUGACUUGAUUCACAGAUAACUUUGUUGUGUGUGUUUGCCCUCUGGUGGUUAUAGCGGCAUGGUUGUUUAUUUAUUAAUCAUUUAAUUCCAUUUAUGAAUUCCUUCCUUUUUAAAUAUCUCAGAAGUGCUUUAACAAUACAAAGAAUUUAAGAAUACAAUGUAUAAAACAGUUCCAAAUCCAGAUAUAGAUGGGGAUAAAAAAAAUCCCCACUUAAAAUGCUUGUUGAGAAAGGAAGGUCUUCGGUGGGCAUCAAAGAGGCAAGAGGGAUCUAUCUGCCUGCUGUCUAGUGGGGGCAGUUCCAAAGGAACUCUUGUUUUCAAUUGACUGAGACAUGGGAAGUGGGGGUCAGUUACAAUGCAAUGAGCGAAAACAAAGGAAAACAUGUUUUUAUACAAGAGAUUGUUUUUCUAUGAAAUAUGCAAUUGUUUUAUACAUGACACAUUUGGGAUUGUGUGAAAGCAGGAAAGGUGGGAUAAAAAUAAAAUAAUAUCACAUGUCACAUGUCACAUAUCAUAUAAAAUAAAAUGAAGAUACCUAAAAGCCAAGCAUCAGUGUAUAUGUUUGUUUCAUAUUUAGAUAGGUGUGUUAACCAUCCUCCCAAGAUCUUUUCAGAUAUGAGAGUGACUCAGGAAUGUCAGUUUGUCUUUAGCACAUGGAAAAUGACCAGGCCUGGAAGAAACCCUGGGACAUGGUCUUCCUUAAUUUCCCCCCAACACUUACAAGACUUACUCUUGUGUAUGUGGCUGGUGCCUUCAAAUUUUGGAUUUGUGCUAAGAAAAACUGCUGUGAGUUUCAGAGGGUGUGAAAUACUUUGUUUAGGCCUUGGAUUGGGACAUCAUUCUAAUGGCUGAGGAUCCCAUUUUUCUGAUAAACAUUAGACCUCUUUCAUUUUUUCCUUCAAGGGUCAUGAUACUUCUGCUUCUGCCAUGAAGUGGUGCAUUUACUUGCUUGCAAGUCAUCCAGAAGCCCAAAGAAAAGUUCACCAUGAACUUGAUGAGGUUUUUGGUAAGUUUCUUUUUCUUUUCUGUGGGUAUAAACCUGGGUAAGUAUGUGUCAGGGAACUGCCAUCAGUGCCGGAGGGAGAGAGCAAAAGCCAGAGGGAUUAUAGAGAGCCUCCAGGGAUCGGGAGAAGCAGCUCCUCUUCUGGGGAAAAGAAUAAAUGCAGCUCCAGUGGAGAGGGGGUGCAGGAGUCGGAAGUGGGGAGGCGGUCCCACGACUCCUUGCCUGGGACAAGCGGGGAAGGAAGGGGUCCUCCGCUGCCCACACCCUCUCUGCGCAGAAGGCUUUUGCGCAGAGAGGGAAGGCGGAGACUGGGCAUCAAGGAGCUUCUUUGCUGGAAGAAGUUUAAGAAACGCCUACUCACAGAUUCUGCCAGCGAUUGAGUCAGCCACGGGUGAGUGGCUCUCCGAACAGAUAAAGUCAAAUUAGCAGCCAGCCAGGGAGAGAUUUGCCUGCUUGCGCACGAGCAACCCCUUGGAAACUUAACAGUAUGGUAUGCAGGAAUACUUCUGGGUACUCAUGAAUAUUUGUUGAUUCUUCUAAUGCAGAGACGGAGAAGCUCUUGUAAAAUAUUGAGGCUUAACGGCAUAAAAUAUUUUGUGGAGAUUUCCAUUUGCAGAGAAUUGUAGCAAAUCGCCUGUUGCUUAAGAGCGAUGUGUUGAUUUGUAUUUACAAUGUAUUUUGUAACAGGUUUAAAGACAGCUUGCAGUAAAACUUUGAAACACUUUAUUGGUGUGUAAAGCUCAUUUAAUCAUACCCUGUACGAGGCCAGAUCAGAGAAUUCUGCUCAUAUAAGUCCAGUACCUUUGGCCCAGCAUGAGUCCCAGUUUGGCCCAUGAAGCUGUUUUCACCAAAUCAUACCCACUUGCCCCUCCAUGUCUAACAGGAAACAUUUAAAUAAUAAACUCUGUAGGUGGGGUCUACUCUGGCUUGGCAUAUUUCUCAAAGGCUCCCUAAUAACUUUCUGCAGAUACAAUCAAUGAUGCUUAGCAUCCUUUCCCUUCGCCAGACAAUGAUGCUCCGCUGGUUUAGCUCCCUUAAGAGGGACCACCUAUAAGAGGAUUGCAGCUAGUCUCAUACCAAAAACAAAAGAGACGGAAGUUAGUUAGUUAGUUAGUUAUUUUGCUGGCAAAGUGGGGCUAUGAGUGCUUGGAAGCUCUAUCCUUUAGUAGCCUCAGCAGCUGGCAACUCCUUCUGUUGACAAAACACCGUUCGGGAGUCAGGAAGCUGGCCUAAUGCUUUUUAUGCUUUAUCUCAACCUCUGGCUUAGGAAGACAUGCUGACUUGCAUCCUAAGCCUAAGCAUAGAACUGAAUUAUGGCAGUGACUGAACUAGUCCCUCAAAUGUCCCCUGUUCCACCAUCCUUUAAAAAUAGGUGUCUGAACUUCAAAGUUAGGAUGCAUGUUUUGCUGGUAAUCAAUAACACAUGUUUCUCUAACUGCCUCUUGUUAUCUUAUCAGGGGACUCGGAUCGUAAUAUCACAAUGGACGAUUUGAAGCAACUACGGUAUCUGGAUUGUGCUAUUAAAGAAGCUCUUCGCCUUUUCCCUUCUGUUCCAUUUUUUGGCCGUACACUGAGUGAGGAAUGUUAUGUUAGUAAGUAUUUCAAGCGGGUUUAUUUAUUUAUUUACUUUAUUAAAUUUGUAUACUGCCCUAUACCCCGUAGAUCUUAGGGAAGAUUCACAGCAUAAAACUACAAAAUAAAAAAUACAUAAUAAAAAUGAAAACAAGCCAAUAAUCCGCCCCUCCUUCCACAACACAUUUUAAAGGGGCAUCUGAUGUCAAUCAGCCAAAGGGCUGGUUAAAGAGGAACAUUUUCGCUUGGUGCCUAAAGAUGUAUAAUGAAGGCGCCGGCUGAAUCUCCUUGGGGAGAGCAUUCCACAAAUACGGAACCAUCACAGCUUGAUGCCUUGAUGUUCUGUGGCUAUAAGCUUAGUGCUAGCAUGGCUGGUUUUACAAGGAGAAGUUUUCAUGACUAUCCAUUGUUCUUUGGCAGGAGGAUUCAGGAUACCCAAAGGAAUGGAUGUCAUAAUUGGGUCUUUCAUGCUGCACAGAGACCAUGUUGUCUUCCCGGAGCCUGAGGAAUUCAGACCUGAGCGAUUUUCCCCUGAGAAUGCAGCUGGGCGGCACCCGUAUGCAUAUGUGCCUUUCUCUGCUGGGCCAAGGAACUGUAUCGGUAUGUGUGAGAGUCAAAAGUCUGUAUCUCUUCAGAACUCCAGAGCACAGUAUGCUUCUAUCACUGAUCUUUCAAAACAAUUCUCAGCAUCCUUAACAAAUCAUAGUCCCCAGAAUUCUUUAGGAAACCCAUGGCUGUUAGUUUUAUAAUGGACAGUGCAAACACACCUAAGUCUAAAGGUCAUUUCUGCACCAAUACUAUGACCCCCUGCCUUCCAUUUCCCCCACUUUUUCCUUCCUUUCAUUGGCUUGUCCCUCCCCACACACUGUUUGUUUGGGUGGAUUUGAUUAUAUAUCUGUAUAGAAAAAUGCUUAAGUGUUUAAGAAUUUAAAAUUGAGUUUUGGGGACCUGACCACAGUGUGAUGUGUUGAAUAACAAUAAAUAUGCACUACUGCUAUGGUUAAUUGCAUCUUGUACAGUAAUUGCUUUUUAACUUCUCUGCAGGUCAGCGCUUUGCAAAGAUGGAAGAAAUGGCGAUUCUAGCUACCAUCCUGAGGCACUUCUUUAUUGAAAGUACACAGCGACGUGAUCAACUCUGCCCUGUAGGAGAACUGAUUCUUCGUCCAAAUAAGGGCAUCUGGAUUCAGUUGAAAAGGAGAUUGACUUCCUGCUCUUAA